CAGGGCAGAGGGGAAACCGAAUUUCCACCAUGUGUUUCAGCAGGCGUUCAAAGACGGAGAAGUGAGGACAGGAAUGUGGAAGGACGGGGAGAGAGACGUGGUGGAGAGAGGCCCAGAGACAGAGACGUGGUGAGAAGAAAGAGAGAGAGAGAGACCCAGUCACUAAGCAAGAGAGGCAGAAAGUGUGAGGCCGGCCCGGCCCCCCCUGGAUCCCAGCCCCGUCUUCUUCAUGCCCAACAGGUGCCCGUCUGUUGGCUCAUCCUCCCAGGUGAGCCUCAGCUGGUGCUGCAGGCAGUCUCACUCACAGCCCUCUAAGUGAUUCUGGAGGAGCCUCAGAAGAGAGGAUGGCCCAGGUUCUGCACGUGCCCGCCCCCUUCCCAGGGACCCCAGGCCCAGCCUCCCCGCCCGCCUUCCCUGCCAAGGACCCCGACCCGCCCUAUUCUGUGGAGACGCCCUAUGGCUACCGCCUGGACCUGGACUUCCUCAAGUACGUGGAUGACAUUGAGAAGGGCCACACGCUGCGGCGGGUGGCUGUGCAGCGCCGCCCCCGCCUUGGCUCCCUGCCCCGAGGCCCGGGGUCCUGGUGGACGUCCACCGAGUCCCUCUGCUCGAACGCCAGCGGGGACAGCCGCCACUCGGCCUACUCCUACUGCGGGCGCGGCUUCUACCCGCAAUAUGGCGCCCUGGACAGCCGGGCCGGCAUCAACCCCCGCGUGGAACGCACCCUGCUGGAUGCCCGCCGCCGCCUGGAGGACCAGGCCACCGCGCCCCCCAGCCUGGGCUCCCUGACCCCCAGUGCGGCAGGCUCGACCAGCUCCCUGGUGGGCGUAGGGCUGCCGCCCCCCACGCCAAGGGGAUCGGGACUGUCCACGCCGGUGCCACCCAGCGCCGGACACCUGGCGCACGUGCGCGAGCAGAUGGCGGGCGCCCUGCGGAAGCUGCGGCAGCUGGAGGAACAGGUGAAGCUGAUCCCCGUCCUGCAGGUGAAACUCUCGGUGCUGCAGGAGGAGAAGCGGCAGCUCACCGUGCAGCUCAAGAGCCAGAAGUUUCUGGGCCACCCCGCGGGGGCCCGGGGUCGCAGCGAGCUCUGCCUGGACCUCCCGGAGGCUCCUGAGGAGCCGGCGGCGGCGGCGGCUGUGCCGCAGACCCGGAGUGUGGGCACCUGGGUCCGAGAGCGAGACUUGGGCAUGCCCGACGGGGAGGCGGCCCUGGCCGCCAAGGUGGCCGUGCUGGAGACACAGCUCAAAAAAGCACUUCAGGAGCUGCAGGCAGCCCAGGUGCGGCCACCGCCAGACAGCCCGGUCCUGGUCCGAGCUGACACCGUCCGAGUGGUGGAGGGGCCGAGGGAGGUGGAGGUGGCGGCCAGCACCUCGGCCGGAGCCCCCGCACAGCGUGCACACAGUCUGGAGCCCUAUGGGGCCGGGCUGCGGGCACUGGCUACGUCCGGCGAGGUCGAGAGCCCCGCUGUGUUCCGCAGCCAGGAGGUGGUGGAGACGGCCUUCCCAACGGCCCCACCCAUGCCGACCACUGGCAACGUCCACGUGGUGAAGAAGAUCCGCAUCUCUGAGCCCGGCUGUGACGGGGCGGCAGGUCUCAAGCAGGGCCCUGCGGGGUCGUCCUCCCAGCCACAGCCCACCCAGGACGUGGCCACCACCGUGGACCAGGACCCAGCCAGGCAAGCAGUCCCACGUGAGGCUGAGGAGGCCGGGGGCACCGGCGGGCCUCAGACGGGCAUGCGGUCCAUCAUGAAGUGGAAAGAGGAGCCCGAGGACUUGGCCGUCCAACGGAAGUGCCUCCAGUUUGUGGGGGUCAAUGGCGGGUAUGAGUCCUCGUCGGAGGACUCCAGCACCGCAGAGAACUUCUCGGACAACGAGAGCACGAAAAGCGAGGCUCCCCAGUCAGAGGAGGGGGCUCCCGGUGUGGCCGAAGCUCCUCAGCUCAGGCCUGUGGGGACAGCAGCCACCCAGCCCAGCCACCAGGAGGGCCAGCCACCUCGAGAGCCCCAGCACAUGUCCACAACCGAGGGGGCAUCAGGACCGGACGGGGAAGAGGAGAUCCGGAUGGAGCUCAGCCCGGAACUCAUCUCCGCCUGCCUGGCCCUGGAGAAGUAUCUGAGCAGCCCCGGCGCCCUCACCGAGCGGGAGUUGAAAGCAGCCUACACCACGGUGCUGCAGGAGUGGCUGCGUCUGGCCUGCCGCAGCGACGCCCAGCCGGAGCUCGUGCGCCGCCACCUGAUCACGUUCCGGGCCAUGUCGGCGCGGCUGCUGGACUACGUGGUCAACAUUGCCGACGGCAACGGCAACACGGCGCUGCACUACUCCGUGUCUCACGCCAACUUCCCCGUGGUGAAGCAGCUGCUGCACAGCGGUGUCUGCCAGGUGGACAAGCAGAACCGCGCCGGCUACAGCCCCGUCAUGCUGACCGCGCUGGCCACCCUGAAGACCCAGGAGGACAUAGAGACCGUCCUGCAGCUCUUCCGGCUCGGCAACGUCAACGCCAAAGCCAGCCAGGCGGGGCAGACAGCCCUGAUGCUGGCGGUCAGCCACGGGCGGGUGGACCUGGUCAAGGCCCUGCUGGCCUGCAAGGCGGACGUCAACGUGCAGGACGACGACGGCUCCACCGCCCUCAUGUGCGCCUGCGAGCACGGCCACACAGAGAUCACCAGGCUGCUGCUGGCCGUGCCCACCUGCGACACGGCCCUCGCGGACCGCGACGGAAGCACGGCCUUAGUGGUGGCCCUGGAUGCCGGGCAGAGGGAGAUCGCGUCCCUGCUGUACUCCCGCAUGAACAUCAAGUGCUCGUUUGCCCCGAUGUCGGAUGAGGAGAGCCCUGCGACUUCCUCAGCGGAGGAAUAGCCGUGGGGGACACAGCCACCUCUCCUCCCCCAGGGGAUCCCGGGACCGGUCAGCCCCACAGCAAGCCCUCACUCUCCUCCUAGGCCAAGUCCACACGCCAAGGCCCUGGUCUCCCAGGCCAGGGGGCUUCCCUUCUGCCUCCCCAUGGGGAGGGCGACGGGGCUGACAGGAAUGGGAUUCCAGCCCCAAGUUUGGAUCCCCGAGAUCCCGUGACACCAGUUCAAAGCAGCCACAGGCCAGACCGAAGUUGAGUUCCUGUACAAAUUGGCGCCAGGGGCUGGUGCCGGGGCGUGAGUUUGAGAACAUUCGGAACAAUAAGCCAGCCAUUGUGGGCGGAGGAGGGACUGGGAGAAAUAGUGUAUUUUUAAAGCCUCGUUAAGGGAGGGGCGGGGGAGAGGAGGUUCGUAUUUGUUGACGACUUUAAAAGUCGCUGGAAUCGCACAUCCUGAAUGCUGUUACACACGAGUGGCUCUGUCCCCCCACCCCCCACCCUCAUGUCAUUGUUUGGUGUAUAAUAAUGCUCACUGGGCCCACUCCCCCCAGUUUUCUUGGGGGUGUUGGCCUCUGGUGUCUUUACGAAACAUGCUGUCCCGGUUGCCAGGGCAGGAAGCUCGAGGCUCGCUGCCUUCUUGCUGCCACUGCCAGCCUCUCCUGCCCCCUCCGGUCCCAUCCCCAGGAGUGGGAGCCUCCACCCCUGAGGCCCAGCUCUGCAGGCUACGGGGGCGCCUGGGACUUGCAGACAGUCUGCCCAUGUGGAGAAAGGCCCAGGAGGCUCUCCACACACAGGCCUUCCUCUGAAAACGCUGACCUUAGAAAAUGCUGGAGGCCUGCAGAGGCAGGCGGCCCACGGUCCGCGGGGGAGCGUGGCCACCCCCUUCCUCCCCAGUGGAAGGGAGAUGGGCAUGUGCCUGCUGGCAGAGCACAGGGCGAGGCCCAGAGCCCAUGUGGGUUGCAUUAAAAGUUGGCCUUCCCCCAGAACUAGGCAACGCAAACUUAAAGAGACAGGGCUCCACUGAAACGCCAAACGAGGCCGGCUGGCCUCCCCCAGCCUGCCUGGAACGAAGUGCCAGCGCCCCCCCAUCCCACCCCUGCUGGAAACGGGGCUCAUCAGGGAAACCAGUUCCUCCUCCGGGCCUGUUUUGUCCCCAGAAUCCCAGGGUCUCUGUUCUUUCCUGUUCCUCUGUGAAGGGAAACCGGGCAGGAUUUCAAAGCCCAUUUGCUGUCCCGUUGACGCCGACUCAUGGAGAACCACCCCCACCCCCACCAUCUCUGUUGAGGAGCAGAGCCAUGCCCCACAGGGCUUGGGAAGGCUGGGCUUUCCUAAGGAAUCAGCCAGGCCUUUCUUCCAAGACACCUCCAGGUGGGACUCCAAUGGGAACUGCUUGUACCUCUUCCCCCAGAACCCCCCCAAACUGCCCAGAAGGGACGUGCUGGCUUCUAGGAAUGCCGAUUCCUUGGCUUUGAUGGAAGGGGUGUCCCUAAGGUGAAAGAGGUUGGACGGAGUGGACACGAGGCAAGAUUGAGUGUGUGUGUAAGUGUCAGCGGAGAGUAAGCGAAUGAAACCCAGGCUGGGUGAUGGCUGGCUGAAGCAGAGGUACUAGAGCUCGCUCCCCACGCGUCCUCAACUGCGUGGAUUUUAAGCUCCUAGAAGCAGCCCAGAGGCUCUUGACCACCCCCCUCACCCCCCACCCCAGAGAAAUCCCCGGUGACCCAGGCCCGCGCCUGAACAGGGGACGGGGCUCAGUGCGGACCGGCCGCCUCUUCUCACCUAUACGCAUGUCUUUACUUUCUGACCGCGGUACGUUCAUACAGACAGUAUUAUUACACUUAAAUGAAGUAUUCCCGUUUCUGUAAUCUUUUGUAGAAGGUAAAUGGAUUUAAUAAAGCCAUCGAUAACA